CGGUGCAAAUUGUAUUAGUGUCUGAACUCAAGCAUUUGCCUCUCAUGUCAUACCCCUAAGAAGUUCCUCUUAAAUAAUAUAUGCUAGUACUACAGCAUUAAUGUUUUAUUUAAAUAGAAUGAACAUGAUUUAAUAUGUAAAUUAAAUUCCUCCUCAACAUGUAUAUUUUGAAAUCUGUGUGUACUUCAAUUUAACAGGGUGCAGUUUUCAGGCAGAUAGCCUACUGCUUUUAACUCUGAUCUGAGGGAUGCCUGGAAGUCUGCUUGACAAAAAAGUUUUAACAGGAAUAUUGCCAAUUCCAUUGCAGUGCUAACUUUUAAGAUCCUAUGGAAGGCCACUAAUCUCUUACACUGGAUAUGAACAAUGGAAAGAAAAACCUGAGUGAAGUUACUUAGGAAAACACACCAUGGCUGCCCAUCGCAUUCGAACAGCAAACAACAACACCAUGCUCCCUCGCUGCAAAUCUGAGGGCACACUGAUUGAUCUCAGUCAAGGAGUAUCAGAGGCUACCCUCACAGAUGUUAAAGUGCCUUCACCUAGUGCCUUGCGACUGGAUGCUACUGCCUCAUUUGCCACUGUCAGGGAAGUCAUUGCCAUUAAGGAUUACUGUCCGUCUAGCUUUACCACUCUGAAGUUCUCUAAGGGAGACACUCUUUAUGUUCUGGAUACAUCUGGUGGAGAGUGGUGGUAUGCACACAACAGCAAAGAGAUGGGCUAUAUCCCAGCUGCCUACGUCCAACCAAUCAAUUAUCGAGAUUCCUCAUUUAUUGAUUGUGGCAUGAUUGACAGCCUAGGUGAUAUCUCUGAGGGAGCCAAAGAAAUGGACCUCUCUGGGGAGUGGAAAGGUUCCUCAAAAACCACAGAAUCUCAAAAUGGAAAUCCUUUUGCUAAUAAAAGGAUGUCUACUAACCCUUUCCUAAAUGAAGCACUUCAAACCACAGCUGACCAAAACAGUAACCAGAAUUCUGCAAGUGUUUUGUUUUUUGAUAAACUCUCCCCUCCUAUAUCAAACACUAGCAGCACUAUUAAUAUAAAUGGCUUUGGGAGCGGGCUACUUGACACAAACAUUUACAGCCGCAGCUCGGGGAUUGGUCCAAAUCUUCGCAGAGACAAUCCAUUUUUUAAGAGCAAGCGUUGCUACAGCAUGUCAGAACUGUCGGUCCUGCAGUCCCUGUCUGAUGGACCUCAAGCGUCCUUGAGUUUUUUUGGUGGCAUGAAAUCACCCAAACCUGAGCAUUAUCAGAGUCGAGAGGAUUUCAAAACGGCAUGGUUAAACCACCGUAAACUUACACGAUCCUGCCAUGAUCUGGACUCAAUAGGACAAAACCCAGGCUGGGGGCAAACCCAGCCCAUAGAGACCAACAUCGUGUGUAAACUGGACAGCUCUGGUGGUGCCGUACAGCUACCAAAUACCAGUAUCAGCAUACAUGUCCCUGAGGGCCAUGUUGCACCAUGUGACACUCAACAGAUAUCAUUGAAGGCCCUACUAGACCCACCAUUGGAGCUCAACAAUGAUAGAUGUACUACAGUAAGUCCAGUGGUGGAAGUCAAACUCAGUAACAUGGAAACCAAGACACCUGUCACUUUAGAGAUGAAAGUGUCCGUUGUGGUGAAGAUAGAGAGCCGCAAAACGGCCGAGGUUGUGUGUGUCAGAAGUGACUGCAAAGAAGGGCCUUAUGUCCCAAUUCCACAUGAAUACAUGUACGGAGACACAGUCCAAGUUACUCUGGAUAAUUUAGAGCCAUGCAUGUACAUUUCUGUGGUUGCCCAAGCCCAGGUGGUGGCCCCGUACAACACAGUCUGGGAGCAUGUCGUAAAAAAGGUCACUCUUGGGGUGUAUGGGCCAAAACACAUUCACCCAUCCUUUAAGAUGGUGGUUGCCAUUUUUGGGCACGACUGUGCCCCAAAGACAUUGAUAGUGAGUGAUGGAAAAAAACACUCACAGUCUACUCCACCUGUAGUCCUGCAGCUCUGGGGGAAGCACCAGUUUGUCCUUGCAAAUCCUCAAGACCUUCAGGUUGGUGUGUAUUCUAACAUGUCCAAUUUUGAAGUGAGAGCCAAUGAACAGGCCAGGAUUGUGAGGGGUUUUCAAAUCAAACUUGGCAAAAUGGGCCGUCUUGUCUACAUGAUUGCAGCCCGUGAUCCUGCUGACAUUUCAGACUUUACUUUGCGGGUUCAGGUUAAGGAUGUUAAUGACUGCAUCCUUGCCCAGUUCUGUGUUCAGACCCCACCGCCUCUUCCAAAGACAAACACAAGUAACUCUGUGAGACGUUUCCUAAAGAAAAAAGAAGUUAACAAAAUUGUAUUGUCUCCUCUUGCAUCGACUGCAAAGUACCCUGUGUUUCAGGACAGACUUGUCAAAAACCUGAAAUUUGCUAAGUUGCUGAAAACUGUUAUAAGGCAGUCCAAAAGCCAGUAUUUGCUGGAGUACAUUAAAGGUGAUGUAGUGGCACUUCUGAGUGAGGAAAAAAUUAAACUUAAAGGACAUUUAUGGACCAAAGACUGGUACAUUGGAUACUAUCAUGGAAGAAUUGGAUUGGUCCAUGCUAAAAACAUUCUUAUCAUGGGAAAAGUGAAACCUUCACAUAACCAAGGGCCUGAUCUUACGACUGCAAUACUUUUAGAGCAGAUCCUCAAGCCCUGCAUGUGCCUGACUUAUGUCUAUGCAUCAGUGCGAACUAUAAUAAUGGAAAAUGUUGCAAGUUGGAGAGCUUUUGCAGAUGCCCUGGGCUAUGUCAACCUGCCUCUGACACACUUCUGUCGGACAGAGCCAGACAGUGAGCCUGAGAAAGUUGCUUCUGUUCUUGAGAGGCUUAAGGAAGACUGCAGUGCAGCUGAGGACAAGGAGAGGAAAUCUUUCCAGAAGGAACUCAUGAAGGCACUUCUGAAGAUGGACUGUCAGGGCUUGGUGGCACGGCUGGUCAUGGACUUUGUGCUGUUGACCACAGCUGUCGAGGUGGAAGGCCGCUGGAGGGAGCUUGCUGAGAGACUGGCCAAAGUGUCCCGGCAGCAGAUGGAAGCAUAUGAAGCUCCUCACAGAGACUGCAGUGGACAGCUGGACAGUGAGGCCAUGUGGAAAACUGCCUAUGACUUCCUGGUCACAUGGGCUGCCCAGAUUGGAGACAGCUAUAGAGAUGUGAUUCAGGAACUUCACACAGGCUUGGACAAAAUGAAGAACCCAAUAACCAAGCGCUGGAGACACAUCACUGGCUCCCUCAUUCUUGUUAACUGCCUAGAUCUCUUACGGAGCUCCGCCUUCAGCACCUCCCAUCAAGAUGAUGCCAUAUAAAUGAGUACCUUAAAGGGUAACUAAACACCUGCUCAGAGUCUGACUCCACCCACUAGAAAUAUUUGAAAAUGCAGGAAAAGUGGGCAGACCCCGGCGGGGAUAGAGGGAACGAACCGAGUGCGGGGCUGAGCGGGGGGGGGUUAUUACUCUAUGUUAUUAUUAUUCCUCACACGGUCGCAAGACGACAUGUACAUGAAUCUGGCGUGGUGAGCUGGAACCUGCUUACGUCAGCUGUCACCGCUUACAUCACGAAGUACCGCAACAGCCAAUAGGAAAAUUCAACUGCAGUAGCCACCGUUCAACCUGAAGAGGGCAGCACUCAGACGUUUUUACACCAUAUAUUGUAGAAUUAAAACACUUUAUACACAAAUGUCAAAAAAAUUACUUGAAUCAAUGACCAGUACUAAUAAAGCCCCAUGCUUACAGAUCAUUAACUAAAAAAAGUUGGUUUAGGGUUUAGUUACCCUUUAAUGACCCUAACUUUUACGAGUAUAUAUAUUUAUAUAUAUAUAUAUAUAUAUAUAUAUAACUAAGAUAUGUUAAGAAUAAAAAUAUAUAUAUAUAUAUUGCUCAAUGCAAAUCUUAAUGAUUUUAUAUUUUGUACAAUAAAUAUACUUUUACAUUGUGUGUUUUUUGUGAUGCCAGCUACACUGUAUGCUAAAAUUGUUUCAAUUUUAAUUUGUCUUGUCAUUGUUUUGACAAACUUAUGCAACAUCAAAUAAUUUAUUUAAAUCCAGAGUUGCAUACAUUUUUGGCCAAGGUCUUCUUGAUGACAGGAGAGUCGUACCACUCCGUAAAGUCUUCUCCUGCACAUCACAAAGACUUUCAAUGGGGUUAAGGUCAGGACUCUGUGGUGGCCAUUUCAUGUGUGAAAAUGAUUCCUCAUGCUCCCUGAACCACUCUUUCAAAGUUUGAGCCCAAUGAGUCUUGGCAUUGUCGUACUGGAAUAUGUUCACGCCAUCAGGAAAGAAAAAAAUCCACUGAUGGGAUAACCUGGUCAUUCAGUACAUUCGUCACCUGACUUCAUUUUACUGCUGCAUAACAUUGCCGAGAUUAGACUUGACCAAUUGAAGCAACCCCAAAUCAUAACACUUGUACAGUGGGCAAUAUGCAUGACGAGUGCAUCGUUUCAUGGGCUUCCCUUCUUACCCUGACAUGCUCACCUCUUUGGAAUAUGAUAAAUCUGGACUCAUCAGAACACAUGACCUUUUUCCAUUGCUUCACAGUCCAAUCUUUAUGCUCCCUAGCAAAUUGAAGUUGUUUUUUUACGAUUAGCCUCAAUAACAAGUGAUUUUCUAAUGGCCACACAACUGUUUAAUCCCAAUCUUGUAAGUCCCUAUCGCAUUGUGCAUGUCGAAAUGCUCUAACUUUCACUAUUAAACAUAUCCGUGAGUUCUACUGUCGUUUUUUUUACGAUGUGACUACACCAAGGGUUUUAUUGAUUUAGAUCACGAUCAUUCAAGAUUUUUUUCCGACCACAUUUCUUCAACGAAGCUGACGGUUCACCACUAUCCUUCCAGGUUUAAAUAAUGUGUUGGACAGUUCUUAACACAAUUUCAGUGAUUUCAGGAAUCUCCUUAACAACUUUUCCACAACUUUUUCCACAACUUGUGUUCUGACAUGGUUAUUUAAGAAAUGAGAAGCUACACACUGCAUCAGUUAUGAUUAAAAGAAUUGUUGCCAGCUGAAAUGUAUUAAUCACUGCAAUAAUGAUCCAAUCUUAUGCUCUUAAGUAUCUGCUUAUUUAAAUCCAAAUGGCGAUUUUUUUUUUUUGGCCAGGUAGUGUAUUAUAUGCCUACUUUCUAUCAUUUUUAGAUGUUUCAGAAGGUUUUUUAAUCAUUUAUUAUUUCUGCUCUAAAAAUGACCUGUUGUUCCUGCUUUUUUAUGUUGAUUUCAGCCACUCCUUGUGAAUGACUUUAAUUAUGGUCAAAAAUAGAAUGUAUAAACAAAAUGAUCAAAAGCAAGCUUGUGCUAUUUGAAUGUGUUUUAGUGCCUAAAAUAAAUGGAAGCGUAAGUAGUAGUUCUAGCAGGAAGACUCUGGAUCCUUACACUUUCAUUCAAUCAGGCAUCUCAUCCAAUCACAUUACAGCCUCUGCUUUAUAAUCCUACACACCUGCCUCUAUUUCUGUUGUUUUCACCCCCUUCCACCCCAUCUCCACCUGUUUAGGUCCCGUUCUGGGCGGGGGUAAGCUCCGCUCCCCUGCCAUCAUCACCUCCAUCAGGAUCUGAUGGUUCAAGCAAGUAUCAUGAGCGCUGAACCUUAAGGUGGAAUUCCAAUCAUCCAGUGUCUGUUUUGAUAGAAUAUAGCAUUUUGUAUGAAAUAGGAUGUUUUUGCUUUUUGUACAGUAAAUGCACAUUAUAUUAUUAGCUUGUACUUUGUUUCAAAGUGAUCCAUCUGAAAAAUGUAUCUGAUAAUGUGAAUGGUCAUGUAUUUUCUUAACUGCUUAGGUGUGUUAUAUCGAUAAGUGAUUUGGACAGAGCACAUUGUUUUUCUUUCUGUGUUAUGUGGACAAUUAAUGUUAGGAUUUACACAGUUUUUGGAGACCUGUACAGAUGUCUCUGUAUCCAGUUUGCAUCUUCCCUAGCUUACAAUUACAAAAUUGUGAUUUAGGUUACUUUAAAGCGAAACUGUUCCCUUUACAUUUUGUUUGACAAAAAUGACUAUGAAAAAACAAUCUCACUGUCUUUAUCGUGGUAUAAGUGCAACAAUUCCCAUUAUUCUAGGCUCUGAAUUAAUUAAAUUGGGAUUCUUGCUGCAAGAUUCACAAACCUUAACUACUUACUUUUUGUGAAUUCCAUUCUUAUCACUUUAGCAUAAUUUGUCUCACUGCUUGACAGGCCCUCUCAACAAAAAUGUAAACAUUCAUCAUGUGGGUCUAGCAAAAAUGUGCUUACAUCUGACCUUAUAAGACAUAGGCAUUCAGGCUGCAUAGUACACUUUCACAAGCCUUUCAUCAUUGCCCUCCCGAAGAGGAGAUUUCUCUUCGGUUAUGUUGUGGAAGACAAAGACAAAUGACUGGCUCAACACAUUGCUUCAUCUUUCUCCUUCAGCAUUCUAAUGUCAAAAUGAAUACUCAGAAAUUGUUGUAUAGUUUCAACAAAUACAUUAAACUCUGAAGA